AUGACGAAGGGUCCCGAGACAAUUCUGUCCGAGGUCAAUGACCCAAGUGACGUAUCUCAGUCUCGCAGGAGAGCCAACAUCGGGGUUGAUGCCCAGUUAGCUCGAGAUGCACAGACCGCAGCCAAUGCCGAAAAGUCGAUGACCCUGUGGGAGGGCAUGAAAGCUUACCCCAAAGCCGCGGGCUGGUCCGUCGUCAUAUCUCUAGCCACUACUAUGGAUGGUUACGACACAGGUUUCUUAGGGGCUCUACUCGGACUUCCUGCGUUUAACAAGAAGUUUGGCUCUCUCUAUAACGGCGAAUAUGUGGUUCCGGCAUCCUGGCAAGGUGCUGUAACCAACUCCAGUUCAAUCGGUAUUUUCAUUGGCGUUCUGAUGAACGGCUGGCUGACUGAGAAGGUUGGCCACCGCCAAAUCCUCCUGUAUUGCUAUGUCCUCCUCACCGCCCUCAUAUUUAUACCCUUCUUCGCCCCGUCCCUCGGAGUGCUUGUAGCUGGGGAGAUACUCUGUGGGCUGUGCUGGGGCCAGUUCAGCAUCACCGCUGCUACAUAUGCCUCAGAGGUAUGCCCCUUGCCUUUGCGGGCGUAUCUUACCUCGUAUAUCAACAUAACGUGGAUUUUCGGCCAGCUAAUAGCCGCGUGUGUUAUGCGAGGUGUGUCCGGGCUUGAUUCCGAAUGGGCCUACAAGAUCCCCUUUGCUAUCCAGUGGGUUUGGCCGGUGCCAUUGUUCAUCUCCGUCUUGUUUGCCCCCGAAUCACCAUGGUGGCUCGUCCGUCAGGACAGGUUAGACGAGGCCGAAGCAGCUCUAAAGCGACUCGUCACAAAGGAUAGCAAUGUCGAUACGAAGGAUACUAUCGCCAUGAUGGUACAUACCAACCAGCUAGAAGAAUCCGUCGAGACCGGUACAUCGUACAUUGAUUGCUUCAGGGGCACCGAUAGACGACGGACGGAAAUUGCAUGCAUGGCUUGGGCAACUCAGGUCUUUUUUGGUUUACCAAUUUAUUUCUUGGAGCAAAUCGGCAUGCCGACAGACCAGGCCUUCAACUUCAACAUCGGCAAUCGCAUCAUCGCUAUGGCCGGUACUUCGUUGUCUUGGGUGAUGCUAAGCUAUUUUGGGCGCAGGACUAUUUAUAUGAUGGGCAUAACAGCGAAUGUGACUCUCCUGCUAUGCAUCGGGUUUGCUUCACUCAGCAGUACCGACGGCGCAAUGUGGGCGCAGUCCGUCUUGUUGAUUUCUUGGCCCUUCUUCACGAGCAUUACCGUCGGUUCAGUGGCCUUCUCCAUUGUUUCAGAAGUGGGCUCGACUCGGCUCAGGGCCAAGACCAUCGCUUUGGCUAGGAACACAUUCAACGGCCUGAACAUCAUCUGGGGUGCCUCCAUGCCGUAUCUAUUCAACCCCAAGGAGGCAAAUCUGAAAGGCAAGGCGGCCUUCAUCUUCGCAUUUACUGGAAGUUUUUGCUUUGUGUAUGUCUUCUUUAGACUGCCGGAGUUGAAGGGUCGUACUUUCGAGGAGCUGGACAUCUUGUUCACGAAUAAAGUGAAGGCUAGGGACUUCAAAAACACGGUUGUCAAUGCCUACCAGGAGAAUCUCGAUAAAACGAAUUUGCAUACCGCUGAACACUGA